AUGAAUGCUAGUGUCUAUUUACAAUCCUUUGGAUGGAAAGAAGGAGAAGCCUUACAGAAAGGAGGUCUUACUAAACCUAUUUUGGUUAAGCACAAAAAAGAUACUAAGGGGCUAGGUCAUGAUACUAAUGCUGUGGAUACAUGGUGGGAAAAAUUAUUUGAUGGUCAGUUGAAGAAUUUGGAAGUUAAUAACAAUUCAAACGGAAGUGUAUCAUUUGCAAAGAAUGAAGAGAAAACAAUGGAUACUAUGAGAAGAUCGAUGUCUCCGUUAUAUAAAAUGUUUGUAAAGGGUGAAGGAUUAGAAGGAACUGUUGGGAAGACAGACCAUGUCAAAGCGGAACACAUAGAAAUAUCUUCAAGUAUGGCAAUGGAACAGAUGGAAAUGUUAAUUAAAAAGGAAACUGGACAAGACUUAAAUGGGACUGGUAAACCUGAUAAAGAUAAGAAGAGGAAGGAUAAAUCAUCUAAGAUAGAGAAGAAAGAAAAGAAGGAUAAGAAAGAGAAAAAGGAAAAGAAGCUGAAAGAUCUAAAAGAUAAGAAGAAGUCGAAGGAUAGAGACGCGAAGAAAGAGAAGAGGGAAAAGAAGGACGACAAGAAGAAGAGUAAGAAGGAAGAUACAAAGGGCAUAGAAUCAACAAAGAAAGAUAAGAAAUCAAGUACAGAUAAGAAACGAAAGAGAGACAACAAAGAAGACAUCACUUCAAAGAAACGAGUUGUAAUCCUAACAAUAAUAUUCAAACCCAAGAAGCCAAAACCAAGAAGAAUCAACCAAUCGCGAUUCAAGUUCACAUAUCCAUCGGAAUGGGAAUCACAAUUACAAUUGUUGAAGUCAGAUGAAGCCCAAUUGAAUCUGCCCAUUUUUAGUGAAUCAUUCUUGAUAUCAGAAACAUUCGAAGAAUUGAUUAAUUUAAUUAUAGGAGAAUUCAUUAACAAAUGGUAUUCAGAAAUCACAUCAUCACCAUUAGUCACCGAUUCUAUAAAGAUUGAACUCAAAUAUGUUAUACGGAAUUUAAAAGAUAGACUACAAAGUAUCGAUUUCGCCAAAGUUAUGGUUACUAGUAUUCUUCCCAUUGUACAAGAUCAUUUCCAAUCAUAUCUCCAUGCUGAAGAACUCGUAAAAUCAAAAUCAUAUUCACCCAAACAAGAUUCUUCAGAAUUUCAUACGGCAGUUGCCAAUGCGUAUAAACGUGGGAAAUUACAUCGAGCCGUAACCAUUUCCAAUAAUAUUCAAGCAAACAUUAACGAAAAGAAAUAUCUCCGAAAUAAAGUAAAUUCAUUCUUACCAUAUUUGUUAUCUGAGAAUGAGAAGGAUAAUGAAAUUGGAGUCACCUUAGUCACUGAGAUUUUGGCUUGUACUGUUCUUUGUAAUGUUAUUAAUUUAGUAACUGAAAGUGAUUUUUAUAACUUGAUGAUUGUGAAAUUGAUAGGUGACAACUUAAGAAGACGAGAUCAAGUUAAGAAAUUAAGAGCUGCAUUAGAAGAGCACACACAGGGAGGAAAUAAACGUCGUCAAUUGCAAAGAAAUCAACUUGACUCAUCGGGAGCGGAAGAUGUUGUGCAAAUAUUACUGGAUUCAAUAGAUGCAAGUGAUGACUUGGAAAGUUUAUUAGUGCUUGAAGAUUCUAUUCUUCAGAUAGAUGAUCCAAUAGCUAGAAUCCAAUUAAAACGAAAAUUAAAUCAAAAGAAAGAAUUAUUCUCCAAUAAGCAAUCCACUAUGAAAUUGAUUGAAAUCCUCAACAAUCCAGCUUCAUUAAAGGUUUUUAAAACAUGUAUGAUCGAUAGUGGUAGAAGUAAAAUUCUUGAUUUUUGGUUAGCUGUGGAAGCCAUAAAGGCGCCAUUGGAGCAGAAUGACAUUCAAGAGGAAAAUAAUUUAUCACUUUCUUUGGAAUAUACUAGCUUUGAUGAUAUCAAGAGAAUUACCGAUAUGUACAUAUUGCCCGGUUAUAUCACAUUAGAUGAAUCAAACAAGAAAACACUUCUAGAACUAACUAACCUGCCACCUGGUGAAUCUAGAAUCAAAUUAUAUCAAAAGGCGAGAGGGUUGCUAUUCAGACGUCAACAUGAAGUAUUCGAAGACAUGGAGAGUCGCGAUUUUGAAUUAUUUAAGAGCUCUGAUUUAUAUAUGAAACAAUUACAAGCCAACAAACAAGAACCAGAUGUCAACCCCGAGAUUAUAUAUGCUGUUGAGAAUGCAUUUUCAGAAAUUAUGAAUACUUCCAAUUCCACAACUGAGCCCACUCAAUCACGAACCACGCUUAAUGAGAGUUCGAGUAUUGAUGAUCUUUUGACUAUGAGAAAAGAUUCCUCGACAAUAUUUGGCCAUGAUGAUGAUAGUUCAGGAAAUCGGAAUUCUCGUUUAUUUGAUAGUGAUGAUUCCGAUAUUGAUGAUGAUACAAGUGAUUCCAUAAGUUAUGGCGAACUGCUGGAAAUGAAUAAAUUUGGUGGAGAUGAUCUGGAGGUUCAAUUAGCGGGACCGGGAAAUCUUAAUCUAGCUGAAGAGAUACCUAAAUUAACAGAGGAAGUUGAGAAUCUUCAUGAACAAUUAGCCGUGUUGGAACCACUUAUUAGAAAAGCGGAAUUGAGUAAUAAUAUAUCCCAAUUGAAAGUUUUAAGGAAAUCUAAAAUCGCCUUAGUUCGAGAAGUUAAUUUUAAAGAAUUGCAAAAGCAACAAUAUAUCGUUCAAGAAAAUGAUAAUAGUUUAUAUGGGAAAUCUCGAGUUUGUAUUCAAUCAUACAUCAGUGGAAAUGAGAAUGGUAAAGAAUUUAUUCUUUAUAUUAUUGAAGUUCAGAAAUUUUCUAAUGAUGAUCCAAAUAUUACAACUGCAGGUUGGGUGGUUGCAAGACGAUAUAGUCAAUUUUAUAGAUUACAUCAAUAUCUCAAAUGGAAAUAUCCUACUGGGGUUGCAAAUUUGAAGUUCCCAAAGAGAUCUAUGCUGGUUUUGAAAUUUCAACAAAGACAAGUGGUUGAAAUUCGUCAAAAUGCUUUAGAAGAGUAUUUGCAACAACUCAUAAGAAUACCUGAAGUAUGUUCAGAUAAAGCAUUUAGAUCAUUUUUAUCUUCAGAAAACUUUAAUUUGAGAAAGAAUCAACCGUUUGGAGAUGCUAUUAAACAAACGAAGGAAAAUGCGGAAAUGUUAGCUAAUAAAUGGUACAAAGGGAUUUCAAACAUGUUCUUAACUGUUUCUCCAAAAGAGUCCGGAUCCUGCCGAGUCAAUGAUAAUCCUAUAACCGAUUCACAAAUAAUGGAGAAUAUCAAGGAUAUGGAACGAGAAUUGAAACAAUUUGAUGAAAGUUCAAUGACAAAGACAACCAUGUUUGUAAAACCGAUUUGUGAUUUAUUAAUUACUGUAUUCAGAUUACAUAAUUCUAGAAGUUGGCUAAGAGGAAGAGCAUUAGUUGUUAUAUUACAACAAUUGUUUGGAACGACUAUUGAAAAGAAAGUAUAUGAACAAGUUGAGAUUCAAUUGAAAACAGAAGAGAAUAUUUUAGAUUUAUUUAUAACGUUGAAGAAUAUUUUAUUUCCCAAUGGGAAAUUCAAGGAUCCUCCGGCUUUAAGAACACUCUAUCAACAAUCUAAUACAAGGCAGGAAGCUAGGAUAUUAUUUGAAGCAUUUAUGGAUGAAACUUGUUCAAAGAUUUUUGGAACUUCAAAUACCAAAUUUGCAUCAAAUAGAUUAUUUAGAAUGAUUCAGAAUGAUUAUCUUAAUCGACAUUUGAUAUUUGAAAUAUUAGAUGAAUUAUUGGGUGAGAUCUUUCCCGAGAUAAGUUAA